GAGAAUGAGCCUAAGGUCCUGGGAUCCAAAACGGAAAUUCACCCCAACCCAGCCUCUCUCCUGCUGUCCAUAGUUCUGGAGUCCUUUCAAGCAGGCCCCAAGUCUGACCAGCAUUGAACUACAUCUCCCAUCUGCCCCUGGGUCACAGACGAGUCCUCAGCGGCAGGGAAGACGGUUUUUUACAGAGCAAUGGCAGUGUAGGGGGCGAUAGAAAAACAAAAACCGGGAUGCGAGGUCUGUGCUGCUAGAGGUCAGGAUCGGAGAAGCCGGCUCAGGCUGGCCGGAGCAGGAACAAUAGAUAGGGGGGUCGAGUUUGUUUACCUCCGUCUGUUCCCCCCACUAGCCCGAAGUUAGUUCAGCCUAGAGCUGGGCCCUUCCACCUAGCGCAAUUCGGCGGGGGAACUCGGUGGGGAGCAAAAUCCCCUUUAAGGCAAGAUCCAUCGGGGAGAGCAAGCGAAGCACCAUUUCCAUCACGGACACUACUGUUAACUAACAGUUUCUUGAAGAGAGGGAGAAAACCCCAAGGAUUCUGGCCCUCGCGUGGGGCUUCGUGGUGGGUUCUGGGAGGGGGCAAGCUACCUCCCCCUCUCUGGCUGGGGGACGAUUGGUUCGCUCCGGCGUUAUUUAAGGGCGCCGUGGGGCGAGUGGCGAGCUCAGAGCUGCUCCGGCUGCGGCCCUAGGAAGGGGACCGAGCUGCGGGAGCUUGGUCCUUGUGUACCUUGCAGAUCCCAGCAGGCAUGAAUCAAGGGGGAAGUCCCAGCGAUGCUAGAACGGUGAUGGAGUGGCAGAAGGUGACUCAAAAGUGAGGCAGUUAAAGGUCUCAAAAGAAGACAGAGGAGACUUUCAACUUCUCCACUCAAGUUCUGCCUGUUGGGGAGAAUCAUGAUAACUUUGAUUACUGAGCAACUACAGAAGCAGAGUUUGGAGGAAUUGAAAUGCACGUGCUUCAGGAUCAGUCUGCCUUUGCCUGAUCAUUCUGAUGUCUCUACCUGUGGGGACCCUUUCCAGCUUGUUUCCGAAGGUGCUUCCUGGAGGGGCCUACCCCCCUGUCCCUGUGCCGGGCUCAAGGACAGCCUUAGUCUCAGCUACCACCACUCUAGUCUGAGUUUGCACUUCAAACCUCCAAGCCGGGGAGGCUCUCCACCAGAGAAACCUCUCUGCCAGGGCCUUUCCCCAGAGUCUCCAGGCUCAGAGAAAAUUCCUGUCCCUCCUGCCCCUCCAUCCAAGAGGCAUUGUCGCUCUCUCUCAGUACCUGUGGACCUGUCUCGAUGGCAGCCUGUGUGGCGGCCUGUUCCUUCCAAAUUGUGGACUCCUAUCAAGCGUCAAGGCAGUAAUGGAGGAGUGGGUGGGCCACUGGUACCGCAUCAGAGCUCCCCAAAGCGGGUCUCCAGCCUCAGGUUCCUCCAAGCCCCGAGUGCCUCUCUUCAGUGUGUCAAGGCCAACAGAUCCUGCAGCCCACCUUUCUUCAGUUUGGCCCUGACCCAUCAUGAUUCCCCAAGACCUUGUGCUGCAUCCCCUCCCAAUGGAUCAUGGGAGAGUGAUCAUGAGCCCCUAUCCCCUUUCCCUCCACAGCGCCGCUUCUCCUUGUCCCCCAUCCUCAUCCCACAGGCAGGCCGGUUCCUGCCCUCUGCCCGGAGCUCCCCCUCCUCCUCCCCAGAGCUGACCUGGCGACCCCACGGUCUUCCCCGAAGCCGAUCGCAGCCUUGUGACCUGGAUGCACGAAAGGGUGGGGUCAAACGGCGCCAUGAUGAUGACCCCAGGCGUCUUCGACCCUCACUGGACUUCGAUAAGAUGAAUCAGAAACCGUAUUCAGGAGGUCUCUGUCUCAUAGAUACAGCCCAGGAAGGCAACAGCAUCUCCCCACCGUGGUUCAUGGCCUGUAGCCCCGCACCCCUCUCUGCCUCCUGCAGCCCCCUUGGCGGUUACUCCCAGGUUCUGAGUGAAAGCGAAGAGGAAGAAGAGGGGACCAGGAGGUGGGGCCGAUCCCUUUUUACCAAGCGGACACUCUGCCAGCAGGACUUUGGGGACCUGGACUUGAAUCUGAUUGAGGAAAACUAGAGCUGAGAAGCUGCUUGGGGGGAAAGCAAACUUCAUGUCUACUAACAAGUGAUGAGGCCUCCAGGCCAUAGACUAAACCUGGGACCUGGGGUGAGUUGAGGGCUCCAGUUCUGGGCAGCUGGGAAACAGCACACACCACGAAGCUCCACAGUGCAGACCCGACAGCUCAAUGAGAGGAGCUGAGUUUGGUUGUGGGAGGGCAAGGGGUCAGAUAGUACAGAGGUCAACUUCUGUUGAAAGUCUUUAGCUAAAAUCUGAGAAGAGCAAUUGGGUGCGUUAUCAAGAGAGCAGUGGGAUGAAGUCUAGAGGAGGGCUUUGUAGUCCCUUGUUUCUGUGUGGGGAUGGUCACAAACGUCUUUGGCUUGAGGGAUCUGUCAGGUCUAUAGAUUUUGGCCAAGGUGUCAGAUGAUCUGUGUGUGUGUGGGGGGUGUGUGUGAGCAGGCCCAGGGAAAAUGUGGCUGGCCCACCUUGGAGUAUCAAGUGGUAUCAAGAGGUAUAUAAGAUCCCACAUUUAAUACAAAAUUAGGGGGGAAAUCUCUAAAUGGGAGAAAUGAGGACCCUGAUCUGGGCACCCUCCUUCCAAUUCUAUUCUUUCCUAACUGGUCAUGUGCUGGUAUAUGGUCAACUGUCCCUCUGGUUCACUGUGUUUCUAUUUUGGGUGGAAGCUUGUUUUUUGGAGGGGGGCUGCCCUAAAAUUGGGGACUCACAGAAAUGUCCCUUGUAAAACAUCUGGAUUGUCCUAAAACAUGCUGUUAGCCUCCCAACUCUGGGAUAGUACCAGCUGUUGGGGGUAAGUAUGUACACCCCAGUUUGAUCAAAGCCAAUCUUUUGAUGCCCAUCAGAAUGGUCUUAGUAUUCUGCUCCCCAGCCCUUCUUUGUAUACACAACUGGUAAAUGUGGGGGAGGGGAUGUUGAAGAGGGACAGUGGCUAUGAUAACCCUGCAUGUUCCUUUCUCCCUUUAUCCCUACUUAGAGAAAGGUGUCUGUCAUAGAUACCUUUUCUCUCUGACCUUUCCUCACCCUCCAUCCUACCCCUUUCGUUAGUCUGGGAGAGGGAAGCUUGGGAAGGCACCCCUUCCUGUUCCAGAUCAGAUUCACCGGCCUACAUCUUCACCAAGAACUGAUGAGCACAGCUGCAGGAGGAGUGACAGCAGGUCCCAGCUGGCUUGGGUGAGCUCACCAUGUCACAAACAUUUGAAAGCAGAUGGGGAGGACGAGGUAGGGGGGAGUCACUCUCAGACCCAAGCCUAGCCUGGCCCCGUUGCUAAGCUUGACCCCAAAAGGGAGCUGGCACUGACUAUGUUGGAUUACACUGAACUCCAGCUAGGAAAUGUUAUUGCUUCUAAUUGGCCCUGGGAGAUAGUAGGGAGGUUGGGACUCACUGAGGGAAUUAAUUGGCUGCAGAUUUUGAAGCAAAACCUGUGAAAAACAGCUGGGAUUUUUUGUUUGUUUGUUUGUUUUGUAUUAUUUUCUAUCCAGUGACCUGAGCCAGAGCAUCAGGCCCUGUUGGUAGUGGUGAGGCUUUUAAGGGCUAUGCUGGUGACAGUGGGUAUCACCUUUCUCUGCUGCUGUACCUGCUACCACAGUUGCUAAGUAGGUAGUUAGUCCAGUAUUUGGCUGGAUCUACUGUCAGACCCUGCCUUUCCUAUUAUAGGUAUGGGGGGAAUGUCUGUUACCUCUUUUAGUUACUAGGAUGACCUAGGGGUCUUUCUAGGUCCUCAUCUCUGGAGGUUUCCUGUGGGUUUGAACCUGCCAUUUCUUCUGAUUCUCACAUUCCCAUAAUAGUAACACCAGUGAAAGAUGCUGACUCUUGGGAUCUAAGGGAUCCUAUAGUAGGUGCUAAAAGGGCCUUGCUGAGCUGGGCAUGACUACUAAGGUUCUUUCCCUUCUAUCUCUUCACCAUCCAUACCUGAUUUCAUCUACACCUGAUGGUUUCUCCUUUCUUGAAUCUAUCCUGGCUGUAGGUGGGGGUGCGAGCCUGAUAAAGACUGGGAAAUUUAAUGCUGGAAAUUGUCAGUCCUUUGUUUCUUUCCCUCUUGCUUUUGUUUCUUCCUGCUUUUCUCCAGGUCACAAUUUCUUCUAGCCCAGGCUUCUACUAUUUUCAGCAUCAUAUCCCUAUCUCACUACCUAGGGAGUGCUUUUCUUCUAUUGAUGACUGUCUGCUUAAUCAUCUGAUGUCUCCCUGUGAAGGGAGAGAUCAGCUAGUGAAGUAGUAGGGUUGAACUCAGUAAUUUUACACCCUUGACCUGGCUCUCCUAUUGCCUUAGGGGGUAUAAUCAGUUGGGGGAGGGGAUACAUUACCAUUUAAAAUUGAAAAGCUUGAAAGUGUUUUUAUGAAAUCUACUGGAACCACUGCCUUGCCCCAGGACAAGUCUUUUAAAGAACAGGUGGAUUUUGCUUUACCGAAUAUAUUCCAGAAAAAUUUUGUGUAACCUGAAUCCUAUUUUAAAUACACUAAAGGAAGUUCACCAUUUUAAAGCAUCCUGAAGCCAGUUUUUGUCAAAAAAAAAAUUUCCCCAUCAAUUGAUCUUAUUUUGUAAAAUCUAGAUUUUUCACAUAUUGGGUUUGCCUAACAUAGGGGUACCCUUGUACCAGAUUUAUAGUGGGUAUCGCUGGGUGAAAGUCUCCAUCUGUGAUGUGUUGGGUUGUUUGGUUGACCCAUGGGUGAGUAUUUCUGUAUGUGUGAUUGAAGCUGCUGUAAGACUGGUGCUUUCAUCUUCCUCAUUCCUCCUGUCCCCUGGUAACUGCCCAGCAGCAGCCCCUGCUGCCAUGUACACUCCCACCUGCUGCCAAAGUCCCUGUGCUAAUGGGAUUAAAACCCACACAACAAAAGAAAAUUUUGGUAACUUUGUUUUAUAUUAAAAGAAAAAAGUCUGUGUGUAUUAAACAUGAGGUCCUGCCUCUGUGGCUGUGUUUGAAAAAAUAAAGUUUUAUUAGAAUAAGUUUUUCCCAAGCAACCCUUGUGGGCUGCAGUGUCUUUGUCCCUUCCCAGUUUCUCCCUCUUCUUCCUCAGUAUUGGAGGAGAAAGGAUGUUUUGUAUUUUACCUAUAACAAUUCUGCUCCUUUUCUGUCCUCAGACCCUUCUGUGUCCAAAACCCUGCCAGAGAUAAGUUGUACCUUUUUGUCCCAGGCUCUGUUUUUCUAAAAGGCUUUGUCUUUUGUCAAUCUUGUUAUAGUUCCUCCUUCAGUUUUCUUACCUUUUUGCCUCAUCUUCCCUAUUGCCUUGUCUGGCUCCCUGUUGGUGGAAAUGAAUGUUUCUUUACCCCUUUAAAGAUUGAUUGUACAGGGAGGGGGUCUCUAUCCAGGAACAAUCACUACAAUUAACACUCUUUUCUUUCCCUUUUGGAGAGUGAUAAUUGUUAACAGUAAAAUCUCAGGGCAGUGAAGAAAUUUUCAAAAUUAAAACACCAAAAGUACAGUUAGUUGUUUUUGGUGGUAGUGGUGG